GACACGAGGGCCGGCUGCUCGGCAGCCCCGCGGGAACGGAGAGUCUGACAGACGAGCGCUGCCGCGCGGGCCGGCCGAGGGAGCUUGCGCUCGUGAGAGCGCAGAUGUGAGUCCGUGCCCCUCUCGCCCUGGCUCCCUCAUUAGCUGUGUCUGUGUUCACGGCGGCUUUUGUCAUCUCCGCGGUAACGACGUCCCCGAAGCACGGUUCCGAGAGGUUCUCCUUGAGUCCGCCCCGGCGAGGACUGAUCUCCCAGCCCACAAUGGCCGCGGCCCCGGAACCCGAAGGACAAAAAGCACUUGCAGUAGUUAAGGCAGAAGAGCAGCGCUGGGGACGGGACGCCGUCUCCCCAAACUACGCCCCUCCCAGGAGGGAGGUCUUCCGGCAGCACUUCAGGAAGCUCUGCUAUCAGGAUGCGCCUGGACCCCGCGAAGCCCUUACCCGGCUCCGGGAGCUCUGCCGCCAGUGGCUGAGGCCAGAAUGCCACACCAAGGAGCAGAUUUUAGACCUGCUGGUGCUGGAGCAGUUCUUGAGCAUUCUUCCCAGGGACCUGCAGGCCUGGGUGCAGGCGCAGCACCCGCAGACGGGCGAGGAGGCGGUGACUGUGCUGGAGGAUCUGGAGCGGGAGCUGGAUGAACCGCGGAAGCAGGUCCCAGCCAAUUCAGAAAGACAGGACACACUUUUGGAAAAGUUGACCCCCUUGGGAAGACCCCAUGAGUCACUGACUGCACAGCUCCAUCCCAAGAAGAUUCAGCAGGAGCAGGAAUCUGGGGAGCCCCAAAGGAAUGGACAUGUUUGUGUACUCUUUGUUACAGGUGAUAAAACCAUAACUAAGAAUGAAGCAUUGUCCCAGAAGGAAGAUUUGCCCAAGGACACAGAAUUCCUUGGGAAGAUAAAUGACAGACUUAACAAAGACAUUCCUCAACAUCCUGAAUCCAAAGAUGCUAUUGAAAGUGAGGGCAGAUUAGAGUGGCAGCAGAGGGAAAGAAGACGCUAUGCAUGUGAGGACUGUGGGAAAAGUUUCAGUCACAGCUCAGACCUUAGUAAGCACAGAAGGACUCACACUGGAGAGAAACCCUACAAAUGCGAUGAAUGUGGAAAAGCCUUCAUUCAACGUUCCCAUCUCAUUGGACACCACAGAGUGCACACUGGAGUGAAACCCUAUAAAUGUGAAGAAUGUGGGAAAGAUUUUAGUGGGCGCACAGGUCUUAUUCAGCAUCAGAGAAUCCACACAGGUGAAAAACCCUAUGAAUGUGAUGAGUGUGGGAGGCCCUUCCGUGUAAGUUCAGCCCUGAUCAGACAUCAAAGAAUUCAUACAGCAAAUAAGCUUUACUAAGAUGGUGAAAUAACAGAGGUUUUUAGCUACUCAGCUCUCCUUCAUUAUCAGAGAAUCUGCCUUAGGGACUGUGAGUAUCCUGAAUAUAGACAAAGCUUCAGUCAUCAUUGAACAUUUCUCUGGCACCAGAGAAUCUACCUGAGAAAAUUUCCUUUUAUUUCUAAAUUAGUUCAGUUUCUUAGGAAGCAUUAAGGUUAUUUCAGAAAGCCUUGUCUGUUAACAGAUUGCUCCCUUGCAGCCCAAAAUAACCAUGUUUCUUGGUUGAAAGAUAGUGAAUUCUACUUCUCAGCUUUCCUUUUUACUUGACUAUUCUGUGUAUGACAUUAGGCAAAACAGUCACAUUUUUCUCUGCCUUCAUUUCCCCCUUCUGUAGAGGACACAGUAGAGACCCACCAGGUAUGUUGUAUUAAGUUAGAGCUGCUUUUGAAAUUAAUAACUAAAACAAUACUAAGUAUUUAUUUUCCAUCACUACUGAUAUAAUGGCCAUUAUAAUGUAUAAUCAUUUUGUGGAAUUUGUUUGCCAAUGCUAAAAAAGAGGAAACUACCAAAAAAGAAGCAGGGUAAGGAAAACAUUCAAGUGGGAAGGAAAGCAGUAAGUGAUGAGUAGGAGCUACUGCGAAGAGGGAUGACCGUAAUGAGGAUAAAUCACUCCUCUUCUGAGUCUCAGGUUCCUGGAAACCGAGAGACGUGGGGAGGGAUUGGUCCAGAACUGCACUGUCCAAUGAAGUAGCCAGUGCCCACAUAUGGCUGUAUAAAUUUAAAAUUAAUACACUCAAAGUAGAGAAUUCUGUUUCUUAACCACAUGCGGCUAGCAGCUACUGAACUGGACAGCAUAGACACAGAUCGUUUUUAUCAUGGUGGACAGGAUGCUGCUGUCCUAAUCAAUCACCAGUAACAUGUCUUCCAGCGUAUAUUCUGUGUGAUUCUGAGUUCGGGAAGGUAGUAAAAGAGACACCUGAGGAGACUGUAGUAGCAACAGGAGAUAAAAUACAAACACUCUAAGAAAGGAAUUUAGUAAUAACUUUAUGGCACUUUUCAGCCUUAAAAAAGGAGUAUAUUAUAAUUGGAAGACUGAAGAUUAUUAAAGUAAAUACAGUAACAUAAUCUAAAUUAAAAGCUUAAAUUACUGGGCGCCUGGGAGGCUCAGUUGGUUAAGCGACUGCCUUCG